AUGCUUCGAAAUGCGAGUCAAAACGACGAAUGGGACGUCAAUUCUGUCAAAACCAUGAACAGCACAGCCGACGUCAUCCCCCCCACCGACGCGGUGGUGACGGCGGUGUACAGCGGACUGCUGGUGGUGGGGGCCGCGGGGAACAUCGGCGUGUUCGCGUCGCUGAUGCGCUCGCGCAGACGGAAGUCGCGGGUCAAUCUGCUCAUGACGCAUCUCGUUGUCGCUGAUAUGAUGGUCACUUUCAUUGUUAUUCCUAUGGAGAUCGGUUGGCGAACAACUAACGCGUGGUUGGCUGGGAACCUAGCUUGCAAGUUCUUCUUGGUGCUUAGAGCUUUUGGACUUUAUUUAUCAUCGAAUGUUCUAGUCUGCAUAUCACUUGAUAGAUUCUUUGCCAUACUUUACCCUCUACGCUUGGCCAUAGCAAGAAAACGAAGCAAAAUGAUGCUCUACUUGGCGUGGCUGAUCGCCUUGCUGUGCAGUUUACCACAGAGCCUGGUCUUCCGCGUGAUGCAGCACCCAAGAGUCGCAGACUUCGAACAGUGCGUGUCCUUCGAAGCGUUUCCAAGCCCACACCAGGAGCUGGCCUACAACGUCUUCUGCCUCUGUGCUAUGUACUUCUUGCCUCUGAUGAUUAUCACCGUGUGUUACGCUUGUAUCUUCUACGAGAUCUCCAAGAAUUCUAAGGAGAAUUCAGAAAAGCACCAUCACACUGACCACAGCCGCGUGAUGCUGAGACGCUCAGACCAGCGCCCCCUGGCGCGUGCCAGAAGAAGAACCCUCCGGAUGACUGUCACCAUCGUGUCAGUCUUCGCUUGCUGUUGGCUGCCUUAUGCUACCAUGACUCUGUGGUAUAUGUUGGACUGGCAGUCGGCUGCCCACGUCUCGGCGAGGGUCCAAGAUCUGUUUUUCAUCAUGGCCGUCUCCAACUCCUGCAUGGACCCGCUGGUCUACGGCUCCUACACCUUGGAUCCACGGACCUUCACGAGGACAGCUAGGAAGAUCUUCUGCAUACACGCCAGCCCUUCGGAAAUUCCAGGUAUAUCAGGUCCGCACAUGUCAAAAACUAGACCUCCAGUCUCGGACACUAUCCUUCGGGAUCAGGUACGUCGCAGUUCGAGACGGUACCCUGUACGUUUUGAAGAGACGACCACAACUGUCGCUCGGCCGAGCGCGAAUUCUGAACCGGUGUGUUACAUCAGCGAACAUUCGUCUGACGAACGGCUCGUCAAGACGCACAGCUGUGAAGUGUUUGUCGUUCAUGAUCCGAGGAUGACAUUUUAUUAA